CUUAAUUCUCUAUCCAAUUUCGCCAUUGACGCAUCACGAUUUCUUGCGCAACCAAAGAAUGCGUCCCUCCUUAUUGGCAGUGCUGCUAACGUGCCUGUCAUUGACUUCCGAAGCAGCUACCUGGACUGCAAGUUUUCCAUACAUGCAAUGCUCCAGAGAAAGCAGCAGCAGCUUUCUUAUAUCGACUGCGGUGGCCAACCCUGCGGUGAACACCUACUGCUUCAUGCUAAUUGCCACCGACUGCCACGAUACAUCGAGCGCAUGCUGCUCGAAAACCGAUUUCGCAGCAUUUGUGCUCGAUGCAACUUCCUCCUGUGACGGUGCCUCCAUUACUGCGACGCUGGACACCCGCCCCAUCUCCAACGUCACCGUCGUUCGCCCACCCAAAGCCACCAGCAACUCCAGUCGCCUGCUCCUGAUCCCCGAGCUGCACCUAAACGCUACUUCCAUCCGUCCAAAUGGCUCACAGCUCUGCAUCACCCUGCCCAGCAGCGGCAAGUGCAGCUCCCUCAAGGCGCUGUCCGCAUCAGGCCGCAACGGCCGCUGGAGUGCCUCCCUCCUCAGCUCCAACGGUGUAUGCUGCCCCGUCAGCCGGGGACGUACCAAACCCCCGGCACCGCCCAAGGGUACCUGUCAGACGUGUAUCGUGUACGACAUAUUGGGCCCUGAUGGUACGGCAGCAACCGCCAAAUACGAUUACUUCAGCCGCAACAGCUGUUCAUUGCCCGAGCUUUCACCGGAUGUGGGCAGCGAAUUUGCAAAUUGCUGCGAUUUGAGUGGCUUCUUUGUCGCCGAUGGCUUUGGCGGCUUUCGUGGGCCCAACGGCACUGUCCUGAGCGGCUUUGACCGGCCCUUCUGCAACCGCACCAGUCUACGGCUGUGUGGUACACUCGCCAGCCGGAAAGCAGGCCGGGAGAUGCUUGACCCCGACAGCGACAAUCCCUUUUCUUUUGGUCUGAUAUACUUCUUUGACAUUAGGGACGAUUCGUACCCCAUGGCUCUCUACAACAGCACACUCCGGGUGUACACGACCGAGCCUGGAAGCGACAAGCUGGACACCAAGUGCCUACCCAUCAAUGACAGCACACCUCCUCUGUACUUCGCCCCCACUCGGGAGGAUAGCUACAUGUAUAACCCAGACAACCCGCACUUUCCAAACGAAACGUGCCAGUCGGACCCUGGCGUCACUCCCUUCACCGUGGAUCCCUACCUGCAGGUCAUCUGGGCCAACACCACCGCUUGGGCCAAAAAAGCCACCAACCUGUACUGCGUUGACAUCGGCACCGCCACGCCCUUAAAUGCAUCGUCGGUUUGUGGCAGGACGACUAGCAUCUCCCGUGUUUCGUUAUGGCUGUACGACGACCGCAAGGAGAUGUACCUUGGAGCUUACCUGCUGACCAGGAAGGGCGGCAGCGCUUAUACCACGAAGCAGCUGGAUAUGACGUGGGGUCCUACUGGCGACAACGCCAUGAUCAUCUCCCUUCCUAACGGCUUGGACGUCCCAACGGUCAACGCCACACAACCCAAGGUCUGCGUGGAAAUGGUACAGGGCAGCAGGCCUGUUUGGGAGAACGCCGUUGACAGUGUUGGCUACGUUUGGACCGCCCUUUUCGACAACAGCGGAAAAUGCUGUCCGACCUACUACUCGAAUCGGUACUAGUGACGUCUAAGCCUAGCAUGCAGGGCCACAAGCAACGUGGAUGGAUAAGAUUAACAUCCUAGACAUCACAUCAGCAGCUGCUUCAGCGCAACGAUGCAGUCGGAUCUAGGGGGCCUAGGAUCUGUGCGUUAAACAACAGUAUGGAUGGUAUACUAGAUGCUUAUGUUACUGCCCUACAUCAACUCAGGUCGAUUUAUCUAGACCACUGAGAAGAAAGAACCCGACUUGUUCUCUCCGAUACUAGGAUGCUAUCCUGCUGCUACACAGAGUGCUAGGAUAAGUGUUAUCGUUAUUUCUUGAGCUCGCUAGCUCUUGAGACCUUGGCGACCCGUGGGCCAUGUGGCGAUGUGGGCGCGGCUUACACCCCAGCAUGCGCAUGCGUUGGAACAAGUGCUCCGCAUGUAGUCGCCCCAGCAACCUGAACGUAUUUGCUUUGUUUCUCGUCUAUUAUUUGUUCCUCUGCCAUACAUUGUCGUAGUUUCGUCACAUUUGUUGUCUUGACCGGAGGGUUACUGAUGUUCCCUUUGGGUACAGCUAUGCUCGGGUACAGCUACACGGUGCGUGCGAGUGACACCCGUAUAUAAUCAUUGUUUCGGUAUACCUAAGUAAAGGACUGCUAUAGUGAUUCUCUGGCCGAAAUGUGAGGAAACCGAUGUUAGCUAAGUAGUACUGUCCCCUUCUUGAGAACAACCACAGCAGUCAUUCAUUUAGUAAGACCGGUGCUUUCGUGCUAUGGCUUGAUUCCCCUUGUGGCCAUAGUGUUUGUACGCUGGUAUGCCUGGUAGGGGUAUUGUAUUGCCAACAUGAAAGUUGGCGAUAUGUAUAUCUUGUUGGGCUAUCCCUUUGGCAUAGUCACAGAUGCGGAAUGUGUGUUUCUGAGCAACUGGCGCGCUGUCCAAUACAGAGCGCAGACCUGUGGCGAGGAGGCCCUGUCGUGAUGUUCUCGAUUGGUUCAGGUAUGGUUAGGGGAUGGAUAGCCCAGAGGAGUUUUACGCGGGCGCAUAUGACCAAGGAUGGUGGGCUAUGCCGUUGCCAUGGGUAUGUUGGCAGACCGCAUUUGGAUCCGCUUGGCCUGGCG